AUUAUUAUUAGUUCUGGUAUGAAUGAUGAUUGAAGUGGUAGUAGCAGUGAAAAACAAAAGCAAUCCAAUCCCAAACCCAUUUGCUCUUAAGAUUCUUCACAUAGAGAAGUCACAUGUUCCUUCUUCUUCUUCCUUCAUCAUCCCCAAACACACACAAACUAAAAAAAAGGCAAAACCCUAGAUCCAAGAUCAGACCUAAUCUAAUCGAAACUCAUAGCUGAAAAAUGAAGAGAGAUCAUCACCAAUUCCAAGGUCGAUUGUCCAACCACGGGACUUCUUCUUCAUCAUCAUCAAUCUCUAAAGAUAAGAUGAUGAUGGUGAAAAAAGAAGAAGACGGUGGAGGUAACAUGGACGACGAGCUUCUCGCUGUUUUAGGUUACAAAGUUAGGUCAUCGGAGAUGGCGGAGGUUGCUUUGAAACUCGAACAAUUAGAGACGAUGAUGAGUAAUGUUCAAGAAGAUGGUUUAUCUCAUCUCGCGACGGAUACUGUUCAUUAUAAUCCGUCGGAGCUUUAUUCUUGGCUUGAUAAUAUGCUCUCUGAGCUUAAUCCUCCUCCUCUUCCGGCGAGUUCUAACGGUUUAGAUCCGGUUCUUCCUUCGCCGGAGAUUUGUGGUUUUCCGGCUUCGGAUUAUGACCUUAAAGUCAUUCCCGGAAACGCGAUUUAUCAGUUUCCGGCGAUUGAUUCUUCGUCUUCGUCGAAUAAUCAGAACAAGCGUUUGAAAUCAUGCUCGAGUCCUGAUUCUAUGGUUACAUCGACUUCGACGGGUACGCAGAUUGGUGGAGUCAUAGGAACGACGGUGACGACAACCACCACGACAACGACGGCGGCGGGUGAGUCAACUCGUUCUGUUAUCCUGGUUGACUCGCAAGAGAACGGUGUUCGUUUAGUCCACGCGCUUAUGGCUUGUGCAGAAGCAAUCCAGCAGAACAAUUUGACUCUAGCGGAAGCUCUUGUGAAGCAAAUCGGAUGCUUAGCUGUGUCUCAAGCCGGAGCUAUGAGAAAAGUGGCUACUUACUUCGCCGAAGCUUUAGCGCGGCGGAUCUACCGUCUCUCUCCGCCGCAGAAUCAGAUCGAUCAUUGUCUCUCCGAUACUCUUCAGAUGCACUUUUACGAGACUUGUCCUUAUCUUAAAUUCGCUCACUUCACGGCGAACCAAGCGAUUCUCGAAGCUUUUGAAGGUAAGAAGAGAGUACACGUCAUUGAUUUCUCGAUGAACCAAGGUCUUCAAUGGCCUGCACUUAUGCAAGCUCUUGCGCUUCGAGAAGGAGGUCCUCCAACUUUCCGGUUAACCGGAAUUGGUCCACCGGCGCCGGAUAAUUCUGAUCAUCUUCAUGAAGUUGGUUGUAAAUUAGCUCAGCUUGCGGAGGCGAUUCACGUAGAAUUCGAAUACCGUGGAUUCGUUGCUAACAGCUUAGCCGAUCUCGAUGCUUCGAUGCUUGAGCUUAGACCGAGCGAUACGGAAGCUGUUGCGGUGAACUCUGUUUUUGAGCUACAUAAGCUCUUAGGUCGUCCCGGUGGGAUAGAGAAAGUUCUCGGCGUUGUGAAACAGAUUAAACCGGUGAUUUUCACGGUGGUUGAGCAAGAAUCGAACCAUAACGGACCGGUUUUCUUAGACCGGUUUACUGAAUCGUUACAUUAUUAUUCGACUCUGUUUGAUUCGUUGGAAGGAGUUCCGAAUAGUCAAGACAAAGUCAUGUCUGAAGUUUACUUAGGGAAACAGAUUUGUAAUCUGGUGGCUUGUGAAGGUCCUGACAGAGUCGAGAGACACGAAACGUUGAGUCAAUGGGGAAACCGGUUUGGUUCGUCCGGUUUAGCGCCGGCACAUCUUGGGUCUAACGCGUUUAAGCAAGCGAGUAUGCUUUUGUCUGUGUUUAAUAGUGGCCAAGGUUAUCGUGUGGAGGAGAGUAAUGGAUGUUUGAUGUUGGGUUGGCACACUCGUCCACUCAUUACCACCUCCGCUUGGAAACUCUCGACGGCGGCGUACUGAGUUUGACUCGAAGCAUACGACGGUGGUGGAGUCGAGUCGAGUGAAUUUGAGAUUGAGAUCAGUGGACCGGUGAUGACAUAUGUUCGGACCAAGACCUAAACCGAACUGAAUCGAACCGUUUUGCCUUUUGUUUAUUUUAUUUAUUUUCGUUCACUUGUUUAAAAUUCUUAUAUAUAUCGUUUUGGUAGGUCAUUUUUAAUUUAUGCCUUUUUGGGAUCAAUUUUUAAUAGGCUGAGUUUGUAUUUAUUAAUAAAUUAUCUUUAUGAAUUUUAAACUAAAACUAUGUUUUAAUCUCAUUUAAAAAAAAAUUAAUAUCAAGUUUUAUUAAUCUCAA